GAUCCGUCGCGGCGUCGAUCGAGCCCUCUUCCACCUUGUCACGUAAAAUCGUGCGGACACCUCGCUGGCUAUAAAGGUCACCCAUUGGCCAAUUAAAAGCCGGUAGAGGCGUCAAGACGUGAAAGCAAGUGAGGGAAAAAGUUGUGGACAAACUACUGAUGAAAAACUACUGGUAUUCACAGUGGAUCAGUGAGCUAGAGAGUUGUGAAAUAAAAAAGUAAGAGGCAGAAAGGGUAGAAGAGUGGUGGAAGAGGUAGAGAGGAUGAGAUCGAUUAGAUAGUUGGUUCACUCGUGAGAGACUUGGAGGAUUUGCGACAGGCUUGUGAGUGAUGAGUUAAUGUGUGAUGAUUUCCUUAGGGCUGAAGGACGAUUAACGUGAGAAGUGAAGAUACGAAAAGUCAGAAAGCAAAAACGAGGACUUCCGGUUGAUAUACACAUAUUUAUAUCGUGUGUGGGUAAAGAAGAGUAGCUUUUGGGGUGUUCUUAGAAGAGACACGAGGAGGAGACGAGGUCAAAGGGUGUGAUUAUAGGACAAGGGAGACAAAUCCUCUCAUGGUUUUGUCCAUGAAAGACCAAAGAUUGAUUGUUCUGAAUGUGGGAAAUCUUAGGGAAUCGGUGAUAAAAUUAGAAAGUCCUUCCGCGCUGUUGGGUCCAUUUAACGCGAGAAGGACGAUAAGAACGCCGGUUAAGCUUGGGGUAUGAUUCAUUUUUGUGUGAGGGGCAGAAAAAAAAGAGUUAACAAGUGCAAAUGAAUCGUAGCAGGGAUACUAAUUGGUGGAGGACGUGUGGAGUGUCGAGACUCGCUUUUACAUCGGUUGGAUGAACUCCGGACAUUUAUUUGGAUCUUGAAACUGGAGGACAAUUGAAGGUCGAUCGAUACUGGCGAUUCAAAAUUUGGAGAAAUGUUUGAAAAAAUUGAUGCCUUGCAUCGACCACGUGAUAUAAUCGAUACAAAGACUGAGUCCCGUUUUUAGAGCUCUUCACAUCCUCCAAGUUACAAAGCAACAGUAAUACACUCAUCAAUAAUAUAUAUGUGUAUAUAUAUAUUCUAAAUGCUCGAAAGAUCAAAGGGAAUUAAAGCUUUGCAGGUGGUCACAUGCAGGUUACAGAAGGUAGCAAGUGCUGGAGUGCGCGUGAGUGGUCCACGAGGAGUGCGUGAGACCAAUUGAAACCGGAAGACGAACAACUCCUGUGAAGAAGGGAGAAGUGGGUCGCCUCUCCCAACACAGAAAGUGAGGAAGUUGAUUGGUGGAUGAAAGAGUAGGGUGGAUAAAAGUGUUGACGGAAAAAAGAGAGCAAGUAGAGCAUACGUGUAGUUUACCAAGAUAUGUCCAGGGAUCCUUACUCCUCUGGUGGUGUGAUCGGUCCAGGUGGUGGGACAAGAUCCCCACGUAGUGGAAGACGUCUUGGUGAACUUCCUACUGUGGACCGUAGCCCAUCUAGGAGUUAUGCUAGUGGUCGUGGAAGUCCUCUGGGUCGCAAACGCGGCACCAGAAGUGGAAAUAAUUCACCUGAACAUUUAGGAUACUCUAGCAGUUAUCAUCAUCACCAGUUGAGUAGCCCUUUUUAUUCCCGCGACGAAGAUCUAGGCAGCCCCGUCAUGCUUGAAGAACGUGGUAGAAGUAUGUCCACGGGUGCUAGUGGUCAUCACCGUUCUAGAAGUGCUUCCAGACCCGCCAUGUCUAGCUCCGGUGUCUUAUCUGCUAGAUAUACUAGCCUAGAUCGUGCCUCUGCUGGUAUUUUAGACCAUGAUCGUGAAUUUGUACCCAUCCGCGAUCCUAGAGAACGUAGUCGAGAUCGUGGAGGACUUUAUUUAGAUGAUGACCUCUAUGGAUCCCGAUCUGCUAGACAAAGUCCUAAUCCUCACAUGCUAAGGGAUGGUGGAAUGUACAUUGGUGAACUUCAACAUCAGAACAAUGAUCUCCAAAGAGAACUUGGCAAUCUAAAAAAAGAACUUGAGCUCACUAAUCAGAAACUUGGUAGUUCUAUGCACAGUAUCAAGACUUUUUGGAGCCCUGAAUUGAAAAAGGAAAGAGCACUGAGGAAAGAAGAAAGCACUAAAUAUACUCUCAUCAAUGAACAACUUAAAAUACUUAAUUCAGAAAAUCAGAAACAGAGCAUGAUGGUACGACAACUGGAGGAGGAAUUGAGACUGAGGAUGCGGGGGCCAAGUGUGGAGAUGCAGCAGCAGAUGGAAGUUCUAUACAACGAGAAUGAACAUCUCACACGAGAAAUAGCAAUACUCCGGGACACUAUAAAGGAAAGCCCAAGGCUAAAUGGGGUACUGAGGCAAGAUGGGGAGCUCGAACUGAGAAUAGAAACCCAGAAGCAAACGCUACAAGCUCGUGAUGAGAGCAUUAAAAAGCUUCUGGAGAUGCUCCAAAAUAAGGGGAUGGGAAAAGAGGAGGAGAGGAUCAUGUUCCAGCAGAUGCAGUCCAUGGCCCAGAAGCAGCUUACUGAGGAGCUGGACGAAUUGAGGACAGAGGUCCAACGCAGAGAUCAGGAGAUUCUUGCCAUGUCGGCGAAGAUGAAAACCCUCGAGGAACAACAUCAGGACUAUCAGAGGCACAUCGCUGUACUCAAGGAAUCACUCUGCGCCAAGGAAGAACAUUACAAUAUGUUACAAGCUGAUGUCGAAGAAAUGCGACAAAGGCUGGAAGAGAAAAAUCGUUUGAUUGAGAAGAAAACUCAAAGUGUUCUCCAAGCGCAACAAGAAAGAAAUCGAUUUAAUACUGAGUUAACGGAGCUAAAAGAUCACAUGGACAUAAAAGACCGGAAGAUCAAUGUUCUCCAGCGAAAGAUUGAAAAUCUCGAGGACUUGCUGAAAGAAAAAGAUAAUCAAGUGGACAUGGCGCGUGCACGUCUGACCGCGAUGCAGGCUCACCACUGCAGUAGCGAGGGCGCACUGAGCAGCCUCGAAGAAGCUAUUGGGGACAAGGAGAAACAGAUGGCCCAACUAAGGGAGCAAAGAGAUCGUGCUGAACAAGAAAAACAAGAAGAGAGAGAGCUUCAUGAGCGUGAACUCGCUGAGUACAAGAUGAAGAUGCAUGCUCUUGAGUCUGAGGUCGAGAAGCUCGGAGCACGUUUGGAACGAGCACAAGCUGAGAAAGAUCGCUUAGAGGCGAAGCUUGAAAGCUCACAGUCAGAGUUGGGUAAGAGCAAGGCUGAAUUAGACAAGGCUGCUUCUGAAGUCGGUCGUAGUGGUGCUGACUGGGAAGCAGCGAAACAAAGGCUUACUAGACUGGAACUGGAAAAUGAAAGAUUACGUCAUGAUCUUGAAAAAUCACAAAAUACUCCUUCUUAUGGUAGAAGUACGAUUAAUUCAUCUCAGGAAAUGGAUAGGAUUCAAGAACGAGCUGAAAAAGCUGCUACUGAACUUAGAAGAGCUCAAGCUGAACUCAGAGUCACACAAUCAGAUAAUGAACGACUGAAGGCCGAAGCGGCUGCUCUUCAAGAGAAGGUGGAAAAGAGCCAAGGCGAUGUCUAUAGACUAAAAGCUAGAUUGGAGAACGCUCAGGGCGAACAAGAGAGUCUGCGUGAUGAGUAUGAUCGAGCUCAAGCUACGGUUGCCAGAUUACUUUCUGAAAGAGAUAAAGCCGUUAGUGAUCUUGAAAAAGUACAAGAAGAACUUGAAAGAACUCAGGCAACACUUGGAAAAGCUCAAUUACAGCAAGACAGACUCCAAAAUAUGCUUGAUAAGGCUCAGAGUGAGUCUGAUAAGCUUCAGGAGAAAUUGGAGAAAUCUCAGGCUGAAGUCCGUCGAAUGCAAAUGGAGAAGGAAAAACAAAAUUAUGACUUUGAUAAUCUUCAAAGUCAAUUAGAUAAGGCACUAGGACAGUCCGCAAGAAUGCAGAAAGAAAGAGAGUCAAUUCAACUAGAAGUAGAUCGUCUUCAAGACAAAUAUGAAAAGGCUCAGAUAAUUGUACAAAGACUUCAAAAGGAACGUGAUAAUUUACAAGAAGAGGUAUCAAAGCUGCAAAGAGAAAAAGAUAAUACUCUUUCUGAGUUAGAUUUAGUCAAAGAAAGAUGGGAAAAGGCGCACAAUUCUCACCAAAAACUAACUCUUGAACGUGAUGAUGCACUCACAGAGAUUGAAAUAUUAAAAGAAAAACUUGACAAGUCCCAAUUUUCUCUCUCAAAGGCAUUAGAAGACCGUGAAAAUACUAGUAAAGAAUUUGAAAAACUUAUGGCCAAGUUUGACAGAGCUCAAAGUGAAGUUUAUCGUCUUCAAAAUAAAAUAGAAGUGAUGGAGGCAGAAAAAGACCGAUUAGAACUUGAAUCAGAAAAGAAUGCACAUUUAGCAUCCAAGAGCCGUGAAGAAGCGCGUAAAGCGCAAGAAGAAUUAGCACGAGUUCAAGAAAUGUAUGAUCGUGCAGCACUUCAGUUAGGUAGAACAAAGGAAAGUGAAGAAAAAUCAAAGGAAGAUUUAGACCGUCUUACAGUAGACCUUGAAAUGUUGAGAGAAAGGUACGAGAAAUCACAGAUUGAGUUACGUCGUCUACAGAAUGAGAGAGAAAAGUUGGUAGCUGACAAUGAAAGGAUUAGUUUUGAAUUAGAGCGUGCGCACUCGCAGUUGAGCAAAGCACAAGCAGCAACGGAAAAGUCACAAGAAGAAUUACAACGAAUGCAAAUGGAAAUUGAGAAAAUGUAUGAAAAACAUGAUAGACAACAAGUAGAAGUGAGGAAAGCACAAGCCGAAGCUGAACGACUGCGUAGUGAAGCAGAAAGUGCACGAGAAGAAUGUGAAAGAUACGCUGCAAGAUUUGGAAAGUAUCAAGAAAACCAGGAACGACAAAAAGAAGAACACGAGAGGGCUAAAUUAGACGUAGAGAGACUACGGGAUCGACUGGACAAGGCACUUGCGGAGCUGGAGAGAGCGAGGAAAGCAGAGCAGGAUGCCUCAAGGCUGCGAGCCGAUUUGGAACGUGCGGAGGGUGUGCGAGGUAAAUACCAGUUCGAGCAGGAAAAAUGGCAAAGUGAGGGUAGUAGGCUCCAACAAGAACUGGAAAAAGUGAGGGAGAGGCUGGAGAUGCGUGAAUCUGAAUUAAAACGGACACAAACCUCUUGCUCCGAGCUCGAGGCAAAACUUCAUGAGACUCAACUGCAAUUGGAACGGGCGCGUGAAGAAGCUGGCAAGGCUAAUGCAAAUCAAGACAAAUCUAGGUCUGAAAUUGAAAGAGCACGAAUUGAAGCUGAAAAAAUUCGAGACCGGCAUGACAAACUUAAAGCCAAAGCCGAUGCACUCGAGGCUGAUAAUGAGAAACUCAGGGUUGAAAUAGUAAGAUUAGAAAGAUUAAUGCAGACUGAAGGUAAAACAAGGUCCGAGAGUGCUAGCAUUGAAGUGGAAAGACUUCGUGCAAGUUUGGACAAAGCAAUUACAGCAAGAGAUCAAGUCGAACUUGAAGCUGGUAGGUUAGCUAAAGAAUUAGAAAAAUCACAAAUGAUAUUAGCAAAACAUCAAGAAGCUGCCGAGACCGCCAAAAAGGAGUACGAAAGAGUUAUGAAUGAGUUGGCUGCUGUAAGAGAGGAACGAGAUACCUUGAGACAAGAAUUUAGACGACUUCAACAACAGCAGCAAGUCAUUGGUAAUGAAGAGUUGGCUAAACUUCAACAUGACCUUCAAUUAACGCUUCGUGAACGUGACAAGAUGGCAGCAAUACUAGAGAAUCGAGAGAAACAUUCAGAAAAGAUUGAAAAAUUAAGAGAAAAAUUAGAGGCUGAGAAUAAGCAGCUUCAAGUUGAAAGAGAUCAACUUGUAAUUCAAUUAGAGAAAUCUCAAGAUAUGUUGAUGAACUUCCAACAAGAAUUAAAUACAAGUGAAGCAGAGCUUGAGAAGCAACGAGAAGAAGUUCGACGUCUUCAACAAGCUCAACAACAACAGGCUCCAGAUCGUGGAACGAAAGAAACACUUGAGGCACAGAUGCGAGAAGUCCACCGACUUACUCAGCAAGUUCAAACACUCACUCAAGCACAAAAUAAAGAACGUCUACGAGCAGAACAAGCUGAAAAACGAGUUCAGGAGCUUCAGAAACAACUUGCAACUGCUGGAACUGCAACGAACGAAGCACAAAUGGAACAAUGGAGAAAACUUGUCGAAACAGAAAAACAACGAGCUGAUACAGCUGAGAAAAACGCUAAUGAACUUCAAAAGAGAGUUCAGACAUCCGAGCGUCAACUUCAUGCGCAACAACAACAGAUUCAGCAGAUGCAGAUCCACAUUCAACAACAACAGCAACAUCAGAAUGGCGCUGGAGUCACCGAUGCUAAAUUACGCAAGGAUUUGGAACGAGCACAAGAGGAAAUCAAGCAGACGACCGUUGAGCGUGAACGUUUGCAGGCUCAACUUGAGAUGCUGGUUCAAGAGCUCGAGAAAAAUCAGGUGGAUCUUCACGAAGCGAACAAGAAACUCCAAGCUGGCGGAGCCAGACCUGGCGUCGAUACUAAUGCAGAAAGGAAACAAUUGGACGAUAAUCGGCGUCAGUUGGAGGAGCAGAGGAAGCAAAUAGAAGAACGUGCGAAAGCAGCUGAAAGUAGAAUGAGAGCAGCUGAAGAGAAGGAGAGGAAUCUACAAAAUCUCGACCAAGAAUUAAAGAAGCGAAAAGCAAAGAUGGACCAAUUGGAACAACAACUUCAAAAAAGCGGUGGGUCACCGGACAAAAGACUGGCAGAAAUGCAAAAAGCACUGGACGCUGCGGAAAAAGAAUUGGAAAGAGCCAAAGAAGAAGCUGGAAGAAGUUCUUCAGAAACAGAAAGAUUACUCCAACUCGUGCAAAUGACACAAGAAGAGCAAAAUUCUAAAGAGAAAAAAAUACGAGAACUUCAAGAUGCCCUCAAAGCCGCACAAGCCAAGUUGAAAGCCACAGCUGCACAGCAACAAGAGAAUGAGCAUAACUCAUGUGAUGGAAAAAUAUCUAAUGGAGUACAUCGAGAAGACAUCGAAACUUUGCGAGAGGAAUUAAGUAUGAAAGAUUCAAAAAUAUAUGAAUUAGAAAUAGAAAUACAAUCCAUGGAAAAUUUUUUGAGGAAUCAUUCAGAUACAGAAGGAAUACUAGAGCUGCAAAAUAUUAUUCAGAGGAAGACAAAUAAAAUUGAAAAAUUGGAAAAAACUGUGGAGGAGUUUGAAGAUUUUCUUAAACAAAAUCCAGAUAUAAAAGAAUUACGGGAUCUCAAGAGACAAGUUACUACAGGAAAUCGUCGGAUUCGUGAACUGGAGAACUGGAUUGAAAGAAAUGGUGAUGUUAGAAUUGAAAAGACUAGAAUCAUUGAAUUGGAAGAAAUGGUGACACAUCUUGAAGAAUAUGUUAAGAGUCAUGAUGUUGAUGCCCUCAAACAAAAGCUUCAAGACCGAGAAGAGAGAAUUGAUCAAUUACUAAAAGAAAUAAUGAAAAAAGAAUCUCUAAGAGUUAAUGAACAUUCAAAAAAAUCAUUAGUCGAUUACAAUAACGAAGAAAAACAUGAUGAAAAUGGAGAACAAAGUAAAAUCGAAUCAAUGGAGGCUUUAAUUGCGGAAAAAGAAAUGAAAAUGAAAGAAAUGGAGCACGCAAUGUCUGAAAAAGACAACAGGAUUCAAAGAUAUGAAGAGGAAACAGUGGAAUUGAAAGAUGAAAUAGAGAAAAUGAUGAGAGAAAUGAAAAAAAUGGAAAAAGAAAUAAGUGAAUAUGAAGCUGAAGAUAUUGGUGUAUUGAAAGAAGAGAUUAAAGUGAGAGAUGAGAGAAUUCAACAGCUGGAAGAUGAAAUUGACUCUCUGGAACGUGCAUUUGGCGAUAGGCUGGAUUUAGAAGAAAUAGAAGAAUUGUUGAAUGUUAUUAAAGACAAAGAAGAACAUGAGAAACAGCUUAAAAAGGAUCUUCAGAGUGAGAAGAAGAAAAAUGAAGAAUUAAAAGAAGCUUUAAAGGGCAGUAUUGCUAUUACUAAUGAAGAAAGCAAGAAGCUUAAAACAGCUGAAAAGGCGAAAAAAACUGCUAUUGACAAGGUAAUCAAACUGGAGAGAAGAAUCGCAUCAAUGCAAUCUAACAAUGCACUUAAAUGUCACACAUGUCGACCUUUAUUAUCUAGACUGUCGAGGUGUGAGGAAAAAUUGAAGCGGUUGAACAAUAAAAGAACAAUACAGAUCAAAGACCUUCACCAGUUAAAAUGUGAAGCUCUUAAAGCUGCAAUAUCAGAGAAAGAUGCUCAUCUAGCUUUAUUGGAGCUUUCUUCUAUAAAAUCAACAAUACAAGUCGAUCAAAUGAAGAGGCUUAAAGCUGAGAAAGAGCAAUUGCUCGAGAAAUUGAAAGAAGAGGAUAGAAAAUGCAUGGAACUCUCAGAAGAAGAAUCUACCAGCUCUGAAGAUUCAACGUCAGUAGCAAAAAUAAUGGAGCCUUCAUUAGCAGAAAAUGAAGAUGAUUCAUUUGAAUCUGAUGAAACUAGAGUUUGUCAUGAAACUAAUGGCUAUACGAGUGAUUAUAAAAUGUCAAUUCAACAAAGGUGAUAGAAAAUUUAUGAAUACUUAAAAAUAAAGCUCUAGUGUUGUUAAAGUAAGUUUAAUAAAAGGAGAUAAUGAAUAUUAAUUGAAGAUCAAAAUAAAAGAAUACAUCGAGAAAAAAAGAAAUUUGCUCUCUCAUUAAUUAUUGAUGAAUCAAAUAGUUAAUUCCGUUAUGUCAAUUAUUCUUCAACAAUUAUAUUAUUUAUAGAGGCUAGCAAUAUCAACAUCAAUAGUAAUAAUUUUAAUUUGAUAUUUUACUGUCAAUUGUUAUGAAAAUUACGAUAAAAGUGUGAUAUUCGUCCAGUUAAUUAAUAUUAAGUAUUGAUAGUUAUUUUGUAAUCAGCUGCGACCAGCAUAAAGAAUCAAUCAACUUGUUUGUUACCUCUUCUUCUUCAUAUAAUUAGAGUUAACUGAAUCAUGAGUAUAUAAUAUCUAUUAUUUUAUGGAAUAGCUGAACAGAUUUCUUAUUAUUAAAUGAAGUAUAAUAAAUUAUACGUAAAAAAUUAUAAUAACUAGAAAAAAUAGAGAAGCUAAUUUAUUAUGUUUGGAUUUCUUAUCAUGGGUCCAAAUAUUGUCGUUUCUGUAUAAAAAGUGCAAUGUAAUAGAAUUAAAAUAAUGCUAGAAUAUGAUGAUGAUUUAAACCAAAGGUUAAAAAUGAUUGCAAGUAAAAUAAUGUGGAAGGUAAAUUGAAUUAUAAGCAAUACUUAUAUAUAAAUAAAAUGCGUACAUUUGAAUAAAUAAAAAAUUAUUAAGUGCAAUAUCAAUAAUAUUCUGAUUCUAUAAAUAUUUAGACAAAAUUAACGGAUAAAGGUGCUGAAUUGUUUUUCAUGUUGACAAUAAUGACCGCAGCAAAAGCAUAUAAUUAUCGCUGACGAAAGGAUUAAUUGUGGAUCGAGUUAAGAAUAAAUAAAGCCAGAAGGAAUUAUCAUUUAAAAUUACAAAGAAUGAAAAUAGACCGAGAGAAAUGAGUAAUCAUCCAAAAAAUUUUGGAAUUGCUGGAUUAUCAUGAAUUUAGAUAUUUAGCUGAUGGUUAAAAGGUCCAUGAGGAGAUGAUGAUAUGAAGAGAUAUAUUUAAGAAAUUAUCAACUAAUAAUAAAUUAUUAACUAGACUUCAUGUAAAGUGUACAACUCGUGCAGAAAUCAUUACUAGAGGCACUAACAAUUCGUUUUGUAUAUAAAUACAUUAAAAAUAUACAUAAAUAUAAAUAUAUAAAUAUUAUAUAUUGUAUACCAUAUUAUACAUAUUAUAUAUACAUUUAUUGGAACUUGUCAUAUUUAAUAUCAUUGUGCGUUUAGAAAAUUUAAAAAAUUAUAAAAAUAAAAGACAAGGAGCUAUUUACCCACGGCACUAAUAACCAUUGUAAAUAUUGCCUUCAGUAUAACACAAAAUUACACUUGAAAAAGUUUUUUUCUAUUUUACUCACCAAUUGUAUUAAAUUUUUUCUUGACAAUUUUUUAUUACGUCUUUCUAUACCACUUUGUAACUUGAAUCUUUGAAACAAAUAUCAUUUAAUUAAAAUGAAGAAUACAACUAAAACAUAACAUGAAAUCUAUCACAAAAGAAAGUGUUGUUUUCUUUUACUAUUAGACACAUAUAUAAAAAAAAAAAAAAAUGAUUAAACAAUGUAUUGUCGAACGGUGUAAAUGAAAAUUUGGCUUACCUAUUUAUUAAAAUAGUUACAUCAAUUAUCUAAAAUUUCCGUCAAUCAAUCAAUUUACUGAAUCCAUUGAUUAUCUCAUACAAUUUGAAAAAUAUUACUGAUCUCAACGUUAAUCUUUGAUCCUAAAAUCCUUUAUAGUUACAAAAAAUAUACAAUAAUAGCUUACAGACGAAUGUGUUAGUACUAAAAAUGCCCAAAAAAGAAAUAAAUAAGGAAAAUAUUGCAAAGAAGAUAAAUAAAGAUGAUAACGUAAAGAUAUUUUAAAAGUAGGUAAAUGUCUUGUAAAAAAAGUAUUAUGAAAAAUGCAUUUAAAAAUUUUAGCUAAAACAUAAGAAGGGGUAGAGAAAUUUAGAGCGACAACAGGGUUGUCUGCGGUGCGAUUAAUUAAAUUAAAUUAACGUGCCACUGUCAUAUCAAGCCUAUAUCAUUGUGUUACAUGAUAAGUAAUCAGAAAAAAUAUUAAUCGUUAAUUGAGUGUAUUGUUAAUCAUGAAUGAUUGUUCCCAAACGCUGUAUUAUCCUCGAACCAAAGAGGAAAUGAUAAUGUAUCCAAUUGAAUUUCUUGUUGACAUAUAUACAUAUAUAAAUAAUAUUGAAUGAUUACCAUUAAUUAUUAAUUAUUAAUUAUUGUGAAGAGUUUCAGUGCACCAUGUUAUAAAUAGACUCUAUUGAUUCUGAUUAUUCCUAGAAAUAUUCAAACGAAAGAAAAAAAAUCUAUAAAGACAUAAAAUAAAUAAAUUAAUAUUAUUAGCAUUAGCAACAAAUGGAAGAUUGUAGGUAAAAAAUUUAAUAACACACAAUAUACAGAGAUUAGCAAAAAUAUUUUUAUUUUAUUCAACUUUAUAAUCACAUUUUUUCAAUUAAGUCUUUGCUAA